UUAAACUUUAUAAUUGCUAGACAACUGCCUCAUCGGUUUCCUUCUCAAAUGCAUGAUUGCUCAUUAGCAUACUAAAUUAUAAAUUCCCUUACAAAUAGUCCUUUGUGUUCUUUCUCAUAUUGUAUUAUUGUGCAAGUCAUUCAUACAGAUUACCAGAACAAAAUGUCAGAGCUAAAACAAAGACUUCCAUCAUCCUCCAUCAACCAACCAUCUCCCACCUCCGAUUUCGACUCUGACUCCGACCACCACCCAACUGCCAUCCCCAACAACAUACCCGAUGAUCGUAAACCGUCUAUGGCCCAACGGGCCUUGGCAAGCACAGCCAAUUUAGCCAACUUGCUACCAACAGGGACCCUCUUAGCCUUCCAAGUACUAACCCCAAUCUUCACCAACAACGGGCAGUGCGAUAUAGCUACUCGGGCCAUGACCGGGCUCCUCCUCACGGUCCUUGCCCUGUCCUGCUUCCUAGCAUCCUUCACAGACAGCUUUCGAGGCCCGAAUGGGCAAGUCUACUAUGGUUUCUCCACCAUGAAGGGGAUGUGGCUAUUCGACUACACAGGGCCGGGCCAAGUUGCGGUUGAUCUAACUAAGUAUAAGCUUAGGUUCAUUGAUUGGGUUCAUGCUGUAUUAUCUGUGCUUGUGUUUGGAGUUGUGGCUUUAAGAGAUAAGAAUGUGGUGAUCUGCUUUUACCCAAAGCCUAGCCAUGAAAUUCAGGAGGUUAUUAAUAUAUUGCCAAUAGGUGUGGGUUUUAUUUCUAGUUUGCUCUUUCUUGCUUUUCCUACCAGAAGACAUGGUAUUGGCUACCCUGUUUCUAAUGCCAAUCAACUUUCUACCUAGUUACUUCAUUCUUUCUUCUCUUUCUUUUUUUUAGACAAUUCUAAAUCAAUUUAUUUGUGUAUUCAUUCUUUUGUAUUAACAGAGACUAUUUCAAAGUAAGAUUAUUCAUUAAUUAA